CUCAUAUUUGGACACCGCCGCGGCGGCGGAGAGCGCAAACCCCCGCCACCCCCCUCGCCGCCCGCCGUAAAACCCUAAAACCAUGGCCGCCGCGGCGGAGGCCGUCCUCUUCCUCCUCCACCACCACCUCGCCUUCUUCGGGCUACGCAUCUCGCCCUCCGUCUCCGUCCCCUCGCCCCGCCGCCGCUCCGCCGGAGAGGUGGCGCUGCUCGCCGUCGUCGUCGUCGCCGCGCUCCUCACCGCCACCACCCAUGCCGCGUCCGCAACCAUCGAGUCGCGCCCCGCCGACGCCCUGCGGUCGGAGGUCGACGAGCUCAGGCUCAGGGUUCUGCAUUUGGAAUCUUUGUUGGAGGAAAACACAAAAACUUUGAAGAGUAAAGCAAACAAUUUGGAAGAGAACAGCAAUCUUAUUGGAACUAUGGAACAUGAUAUUGAGAUUUUAAUGAACAAAUAUGAGAGUACCAAGAAAUCUCAAAGCAAAUCCUACCCAGAAAGCAAUGUGAAAGCUUUGGAAGAUGAGGUGCAGCUCCUCUGGAGAGUGGUCAGAAAGAUGAAUGAGAAUGCUGACUCAAUAGAAUCCCUAGCAAAUGGUGCUGAGAAAAGGGUUGAAUCUCUGAGUUCAGAAGUCAAAAAGAUGGAAGGUGUAAUUGCAGAACAAUGGAUCCAAAUUCGGCAACUUGAACAGGCAUUUGUGUUGACGAAGAUGAUGACAUCAAAAGUUCAUCAAAGAAGCAGGUUAUCCGAGACUGCUUAUAAAUGGCCUGGAAAAGAUUUAGUCCUUAAGUAUUUCAGGAAUCUUCAUGGCACUUUUCUUAUGGGGGUAUCAUACACAAAGUCCUGCUUUUCUCAUACAUAUAAACAUGGCAGGAGUUUCAUACAAGCAAUGAACAGACCCUACCAUGAGGUAUCACGGUUCUGUAAGGCAAUAUGUGGCCAGCAUAUUCGCGAUGUUGAUAAGCCUAAUGUCUUCUUCUUGGGUGGAUCCAUCUCCCGAUCAUGUAUUUCUGCACCUUAUAAACAACUCAAGAUUUUCAUGUUAUUGGCUCAAAAUUUUCAUCAUAAGGUCCAGAUAUUUCUCCAGGAUGCAAUGAGAUCCAAUAGUUACAGUAGAGGUUUCGCAACUGAGAUAAUUACGUUCUGCUUGGCAUAUUUUGUUGUUAUAUCUCCAAUGUGGAUUCUGUGGUUCCUCUAUUCAACGCGAUUUGGCUCAAAGAAAUGACCAGUUGCCAUAAAACAAGAGUUGCAUAUACUGUUUUCAUGUUUUUACAUUUUACAAGUAUAGAAGAGUUGCAUGAGAUGGUGGAAAAUGCGUAUAAUUAUAUCUUGUAAUUUAUAUCGAGCACAUUGUAUCACAUUCCCCAUGGAACCUCCCCUUUGCGGGGUGGUGUAUUUAUACCCCUAGCUCGCUCGCAUUCUUCAGGGACUUGGAUGGAUAAAUUUGUCUACUGAUUUAGGCAGUCCUAGGUCUUCAAAGAAGAAGCAUUUUUUUUUGAUCGUUCAAAAAUGCAUCUUCCUUAUCUGCUCGAUAUUCUUGAUUUAGUGAGUUGUUUCUACUAUAUACAGAUCGAGAUAUGAUUUCUUCA